GUCACUUAUCAGAAAAUUUUGAAACUAACAUCCAUAAACCAAUAGCUUGGACAUGGCCAAACCAACCACCAUCAAAGAAGCUCUAACAAAAUGGGAGGAGCGCACUAAAGAAGAUUCUACCAAGGCUACUGAUAUUGGAUUACAAUUCCAAUAUCUACCCAUAGAGAAAAUGGACGGUACACUAGGGACACUGAUCGAAUGUCGCAAAUUAAGUUUGUCAUCGAAUAUGAUUGAAAAAAUCAACGGCAUCGGCAAUAUGAAAAAUUUGAAAAUUCUUUCCCUAGCAAGAAAUCGUUUAAAAACUUUAAAUGGAAUUGAACCCUUAGCAAAUACUCUGGAGGAAUUGUGGGUUAGCUAUAAUCUGAUUGAGAAAUUAAAACCCAUUGAAUCUAUGAAAGCUUUGAAAGUUCUAUAUAUAUCUCAAAAUUCCAUAAAAGAUUGGUCCGAAUUCAAUCGUAUGGGGGCUGCUCCUAAGUUAGAGAAUAUAUCGUUCAUUGGCAAUCCUUUAUAUGAAUCUAUGGAUGAAGCAACAUUUCGCUCUGAGGCUAUAAGACGUUUGCCAAAUCUUAAGCAAUUGGACAGUGAACCAGUUAUAAGAGGGGAUUAAAUAUAUAACUCUUGUAUAUAUCUUUUAUUUUAUUUUCCUAUGCCUGUGCGCAUAUGUAACGAAAUUUAUAUGAUAAAGAACUUUGGUAAUAUUAAUAUCA